AGUCCAGCAUCGGCCUCACAUGUGUCUGUCCAAAACCUGUCUGGAAAAAGCAGGAUUACAGGUCUUGCAAAAUUUAGUCUAAAUGUUAAAUUAUCCACCAGUAUAGGCUUUAGUGAUUCCAUUAGGUAAAUUAGGGUUUUUAUUUGGCCCAAUCUGCGUGUUAGUGUGCGUUUGUGUGUGUCUGUGUGUGUUAGAGGAUGAGUGUGUACCUGCUGGUUCUAUGUCUGGCUUUGCUGCAGCAGGAGGGAAGAGCCGGGCCGGACCGUCCAGGCUGCGGUAGCCCUGAGGCGGUGAGGGUGGCAGAAGAGGCCCUGGAGCAGAUCAACCAGGACCGGACAGACGGAUACAUCCUGAGCCUCAACAGACUGUACGACCUCUCUCACACUCCUGAAAAGGAGAAAGGUGGUUCACUCUACAAACUGACCAUUGAUGUGAUGGAGACCAGAUGCCACAUCACCAGCAGGAAACCAUGGAAACAAUGUGAAGUCAGAGAUAUCGGUGGUGUUCCAGUGUAUGGAGAGUGUGAGGUAUCUGCCUUCAUUGGCUCUCAAGUCACACUUCAAAGCUACUCCUGUGCACUUCGUGAAGUUCCUGCCACUGCAGUGGUGGAUGUGUGUCCGGACUGUCCCACAGCUGACAACCUCAACGAGCCCGUCGUCAAGGAGACAGCCAAUCUCUCCCUGCAGAGGUUUAAUGAAGAGAGCCAACUGGCCAACUACUUUAUUCUGGAGAACAUUACGAAAGCCAGUUCACAGUGGGUUGUAGGUCCAUCCUACUUUGUAGAGUUCACUAUUUUAGAGACGGUGUGUUCAAAGAAAACAGAUGUCAGUGAACUGAGUAACUGCCCCCUUAUGGACUGUCAGUUUGCUCAUAGAGGCUUCUGUGUGGGCUCACACAUGACCGACGAGGAGCAGUUUGAAAUCAGACUCCCUGUCGGAAAAAAGGCCAGCUCAUUUCAGAAACGGAAUCCUGUAGAUGUAAAGUGUGAGAUCUACGAACCUCAGGCUGCCACUGUGGAGGAGCAGGUCCAUGCCAAAGCAGACAGUGGGCACACUGGGCAUCAGCAUCACAACCACACACACCUGCACCCCCACGAGCACAUGCACUCAGUCACACCCAGCUCAGACCUCACUGUCUCCAAGCCCCGGGGCUCCAUCGGGACUGUGGAGGAUCAGCCCGCCCCUGUCCGAUCAGCCCCAGCAGCCAGCUCCUGCCCCGGCCCGCACAGACACAAUCUGGGUUUAGACAGACUCAAGCUCUGAUUGGCUGGAACCAGGACGGUUGUUAUUGAUCAGUUACUUAAACUACUUUUUUCCUGCAUGUUGUAAUUGGUUGAGAAAGACAAGAAAUUGUAACCUAGGACAAAAAAUAAUCCUUGUAAAUGAAUCUGAUUACGUUGAUUCUUUGAUUAAAGCAUUUACAUAGUGGGAAGUUGUAUUGUUUGUCACAUAAUUUGGGAAUUAUUUAGCAGAUUAUGCAAAUAUAUCUUAAGGGGGUUCUGUAGGGACAUUUUAAAAAUUGUACUUUUUCCGCCUUACAUUACAACUUGGUUAUUUAAUUUAGGAUAAUCGAGAGAGGUGGACAGAAGAUGCUCAGUGAAUAAAUGUCCGUAAAUAUGCUUCGAAGUCAUAUCAAAAACAAAAGUUCUCCAGUGAUAGUUGUUUGUAUACCCAUGGGUACAUUGCAAACAGGAAUUGCUGAUAGCUUAUUCAGCAUACUUUUUAAUGGUGCUAAUUUGCCAAAAUGUGAAAAAAAUAAAAUAAUGCCCACAGCUGGAAAUGUAAUAUCCUGUUUACAUCUACCUAAUCAUUAUGGGAAACAUAGUUCCAUAACUUAGAGUGUGAUUAUAGCCCCAAAUUGAAGUAAGGCAAAGAAUAAUGAAUGAUAAAAAAAUGAUACAAACUUUUAAUAUGUUGCACAGUCAAUAUGUUUUGAUAUUAGAGUAGACGGGUAUGUACGGGUUAUGUUUUAUUGAUUAUCAUAAAGAAUUAGUUGUGUAUGGUUGGUGUAUUUCUUAGAAAAAAAGAAACAGUUUCAGUAAUUUCAGCAUUACUAAUUUAAACUAAAUCAUUUGAAAGUGUAAUAUUUCACUUACUUUGUAAAUUUGUAAUAUUAAUCACUGUUAAAUAGGCCUAUUUUUACAGUAAAUGAAGAUGGCAAACACUUUGCUUGCUGUAUGUUUUUUUUCCAUAUUGUUUCUUAUUGUCCAAAGACCAGAUAUUUUAAUGUAUCAGAUUAUAUGAUAGGGAAAAGUGUCCAUCGUGUACAGUACAGUACAGUUACUGACUAAUCAACAUAUACUAGACUUUAACAGCGAAGUUGAUUAGUUUCAAACCUUCAAAAGUGAAAACUCAUUUAACAAUAUUUUUUCUAAUUUUGCAUAAUUAUGUAAUUGAAUUAAAAGUGCUUUCUAACUCAGUGAGGUGAAACUUAGUUGGUGGUAAUGCGCUGCACUGGCGCCCUCUAUUGGUCAGCUGCCUCAGCAGCAGUUUCUGCUGUAGUGAACGUCUUCUUCUUCUUCAUGUUCUUCUUCUUCUUCUUCUUCUUCUGUCUGACAAAAUGAGAAAUAUUUUUAUUUGAAUGGCAUUCACUGUGAAACUUAAGAAUGAUCUUUUCAGCUUGUUCCACUUUCCUACUAAAGAACAGAAAGGUAUUUGGUUGUAUGCCAAAUCAUGUCGAACAAGGAGUAGUGAGAUUAAUGCACAUCAUGGGUGGCACACACACACACACACACACACACACAAACACACACACACACAGUGAUAUUGGAUAUUGUGGAAUCGCUUUGGUGUGAAGCUUCACUUUUAAAAAUCAUAUUAUAUCACAAUAUCAUGUGAUGACCCCUCCCACUUUGUCCCAUGAGAGGGGCCCAUGGGAGCUGGGUAGGAGGGAGGCAGAUGUGUGGUACACCUGGUUCACAUAUGCCUGAUUGACUUUUUCGUCUCUCCUUCGACCAUGAACUUUUUGUUCAAAAGUGAAAUUGAAUUUUUGGUGCUUUUUUCCAAAUUUUUG